AUGGAAUCUUAGCUAAGCUUCAUUUGUAUUCGAUAGCAUACUUUUUUUGAUUAGAAAUAUGUUCUUCAGUUGCUUUCAACUAAGAUUACUCUAAGUUAGAUUGGCAAGGAUCCGAAAUACAUCAUUGAAUUAGAUUUAAAUUACACCAUUUCAUGGCAGUUAAAUCAAAUGAAAUAACUAACAAGCUUUAGCAUUAUAUGGAACAACAUGGAGAAAUAAUUCCAAUCAUCUCAUGAAGACCUUUUUAAAUUGCGAUAAAUUAUAAGAAAUAGAAUUAUGUAUUCAUCAGUUAGUUAGCUUUACAAACCUAUGCAUUAGUUAGGCGAAGGAAAUUUUGAUGAAGUAUAUUUAUGUAUCGACAUGAUAAAUGGCAGUUCAUACGAAAUAAAAUGUCUUGCCAAAAAUUAAUUUGAAGAUUCUAUUACACGAAUUCAUAACGAGAUUUCUUGCUUAAUAAAUAUUAGAUCUGAUUAUGUGUAAAAUCUACACGAAGUAUUUAAUGGAGAGAAUACUGUAUAUUUGAUUUAAGAAUAUUUGGAGGGAGCUAACUUGUAUGAAUUAAUUAUGAAUGUCGCUUUGGAUAAAACUUAAAUAUUAAUAAUUAUGAAACAAUUAAUUACUGCUGUUAGAGAUAUCCAUUCCAGUAAUAUAAUGCAUAGAGAUAUUAAACCUACAAAUAUCGUAUUCAAAAAUAAAGAUUCCUUAGAAGGACUAAAAUUAACCGAAUUUGAUUUAGCUGUGCCUAUUAAUCCUUCAUAAGAUUUAAGAGUUUGUGGAACUCCUGGUUAUGCAGCACCAGAAAAAUUCAAAGACAGCUAUAAUGAAAAGGUAGAUCUUUUUAGUAUUGGAUGUAUUUUCUUUAAAUUGUAAAGCUAAUACUUAUUUCCAGGAAAAACAUCCAACGAGAUCCUAAGGUUAAAUAAAAUCUGCAACAUUGACCUAAAAAUACUUCAAUUAUAUAAGCUAACUCCAGAAGAAAUAGAUCUUUUGAAAAAUCUGCUUGAAAUUGAUCCAGAAAAAAGAAUUAGUGCAGAAACAGCUCUAUCUCAUCCUUAUUUUUAAAGUGACAUUACUCACAAUGAUGAAUAAUAAUUAGCUAAAAAAAAGUCAAUAUAAGGUCCCACACCUGGAGAGAGAAGCAAUAAGCCUCUUUAAAAAGAAAUCAAUGAAAUUGAAAAGUAUCCAGAUGAAUUGUAAGUAGACCAUGAAUCUCCUCACAUUAGUGCUAUUCCCAAUUUCAAAGUAUUGAAAAAGGAUUCUCAAAUUCCAACCAAUCAAACAAUACGAAAAAGCUCAAAAUUAAAAAAAAGUGAGACUCAAGAAUAUGCUCAAUUAAAUUUCAACAAGUCUAGAUUUUAGGCUAGAAAUUCUGUUCAAUAAACAAUUGUUUGA